GUCGCGCGGGUGCUGGGAGCGGGAAUCGGUGCUCGCCGGCGAGCCGCUGGGCGGGCCCUGUGUGCGGGGCCCCCAUGCAGGCCCAUGGUCUUAAAUUUGUCCUGUGUCAUGGAUGAGGCUGCUUUGUCCCUUGGAACAAUAGAUGUUUCCUGUUUGUCCUCUUCUGUAGAAUAUGCUGUCACUAGAUGUAAGCACUCUAGUGAAGAAUGGGGAGAGUGCAAUUCGAGGCCUACUGUCUUCCGAUCUGCGACUUUAAAAUGGAAGGAGACACUACUGAGCAGAAAAAGGCCAUUUGUGGGGCGCUGUUGCCACAUGUGUACUCCUCAAAGCCGGGAUAAACUUUUCAAUGCUAGUAUCCCUUCUUUGGGCCUGCGCAAUGUCAUCUAUAUCAAUGAAACACACACAAGGUACAGAGGGUGGCUGGCAAGACGGCUCUGUUAUGUUUUUUUUGUGCAAGAACGAGAUGUGCAUAAGAGCAUGUUUGCCAGCAAUGUGACAGAAAAUGUGUUGAACAGCAGCAAAGUGCAGAAAGCCAUUGUAGAGGAGGCUUCUGUAUUAAGCGCUGCAGGUACUCAGAUGGAUCUCAAGGCCAUCAGCAAAGUGAAGAAAAAAGCUAGGAGGAUUCUCCAAGAAAUGGUAGCAAACAUCUCACCUGCUUUGAUCAGGUUGACUGGUUGGGUAUUACUGAAAUUAUUUAACAGCUUCUUUUGGAACAUUCAGAUCCACAAAGGCCAAUUGGAGAUGGUCAAAGCAGCCACCAAGAUGAAUUUGCCUCUUGUCUUCUUGCCUGUUCACAAAUCUCACAUCGACUAUCUGCUCCUCACAUUUAUUCUUUUUUGCCAUAACAUCAAAGCACCAUACAUUGCUGCAGGGAAUAACCUCAACAUCCCCAUCUUCAGCACAUUGAUCCACAAGCUGGGAGGCUUUUUCAUUCGGAGGAGGUUGGAUGAGAACCCUAAUGGACGUAAAGAUGUCCUUUAUAGAGCUUUGCUGUAUGUGCACAUAGAGGAGUUGCUUAGACAGCAGCAGUUCUUAGAGAUAUUCUUGGAAGGCACACGUUCUCGGAGUGGAAAAACAUCCUGUGCCAGAGCAGGUCUCUUAUCUGUGGUGGUAGAUGCUCUCUUCACAAAUGCCACCCCUGACAUACUAAUUGUACCUGUGGGAAUCUCCUAUGAUCGAAUCAUUGAAGGUCACUAUAACAAUGAACAGCUGGGGAAGCCUAAGAAGAACGAAAGCCUUUGGAGCGUAGCCAGAGGAGUCUUUAGAAUGCUGCGGAAGAAUUACGGAUGUGUCAGAGUAGACUUUGCACAACCAUUUUCCUUAAAAGAAUACCUAGACGGCCAAAGUCAAAAACCUAUGCCUGCCAUGCUAUCUUUGGAGCAAGCUCUGUUACCAGCUAUACUUUCUUCACGGCCUAAUGAUGUUGUAGAUGAAGGUACAGAGGCUGCACUGGGCGAUUCCAGGGAUUUAUCCAAUGAGCCCUUUAGAAGACAGUUGAUAGCCAACUUGGCUGAGCAUAUAUUGUUCACUGCUAACAAGUCAUGUGCUGUGAUGUCAACACACAUAGUUGCCUGUUUGCUGCUCUACCGACACAGGAAGGGAAUUGACCUUUCCAAGCUGGUGGAAGACUUCUUCUCUAUGAAGGAGGAGGUCUUGGCCCGUGACUUUGACUUGGGAUUUUCAGGAAAUUCUGAAGAUGUUGUCAUGCAUGCCAUCCACCUGUUGGGGAACUGUGUAAAUAUCACAAACACCAGCCAAAACAAUGAGUUCUUCAUCACUCCCAGCACAACUAUUCCUGCUGUCUUUGAACUCAACUUCUACAGCAAUGGUGUGCUGCAUGUCUUCAUCAAAGAGGCCAUUAUUGCCUGCAGUCUUCAUGCAGUGCAGAGUAAAAGGUAUAGAAAUGGCAUCAAUGGCGUUUCUCCCAACCUGAUUAGCCAAGAACAACUGGUCCGCAAAGCCGCCAGCUUGUGCCACCUGCUUUCCAAUGAAGGUGCUAUAUCCUUGCCUUGUCAGAUGUUAUACCAAGUUUGCCAUGAGGCAGUCGAAAGGUUUAUACAAUAUGGCAUUCUUUUGGUGGCAGAGCAGGAUGAUCAGGAGGAUGUUUGCCCUAGCCUUACAGAGCAACAGUGGAGUAAAAAGCUUCCUGAACCCUUGUCUUGGCGAAGUGAUGAGGAGGAUGAAGACAGUGACUUCGGAGAAGAACAGAGGGAUUGCUACCUGAAGGUGAACCAAUCCCAAGAACACCAGCAGUACAUCACCUUCCUGCAAAGGUUACUGGGGCCUUUACUCGAGGCCUACAGCUCAGCUGCCAUCUUUAUGCACAAUUUCAGUGGUCCUGUGUCAGAAACCGAAUACCUUCAUAAGUUACACAAGUACCUAAUAACCAGGACAGAGAAGAGUGUUGCAGUGUAUGCUGAGAGUGCCACCUACUGUCUUGUGAAAAAUGCGGUGAAGGUCUUUAAGGAUAUUGGGGUUUUCAAGGAGACAAAACAAAAGAGAGGGACUUUUUUGGAACUGAGCAGUACUUUCCUACCUCAGCGCAACCGGCAAAAACUACUGGAAUUCAUCCUGAGCUUCAUUGUACUGUAGAUCACGUUUAGUACCUUUUGCCAGGGAGACGAAGACAGGUUCUGAGAUUUGUGUCAAUGCCUGAGGGCAUUUGCUAGUCCUUCAGAGUACAAGGCCUUAUCUCACUUGAACCACUGGAAGACAGUGCCUUCUUAUGUAUGCAUUUAUGGAUUUCUGAUGGUCUCAAUACUGUGAUGAUACAGUAAUACAGCAGGUGACACUGUGGAUGCAAGCGAUCAGUCAUGUUUGCAGUUAAAAAAAAUAAAUUAAAUCUAGAUUUAAAAUGAAAACUGACAUUUUAUCUGUUAUAUUUUACAUAAUUACUUUUAAAGACUAAUGACUGUGACAGGUGCACAAAUGCAGAUAGUGAUUUAUAGCUAGCCCUGAGAUCUUGAAUUUAGUGGAAAUACUGCUUAUGACAAAAAAAAAAAA